AUGAUGGGAGCUUCAAGAAUUCAGAAAGGUCAAGUUGUGAACUUUUGUUGUGAACAAAAAAGGUACUUAUCAAAAUCUUGCUUUGGACGCGAAUUACACAAUUGGGAAUUUAUCAACCGUGAAUGGCUGUUAUAUUCACCAUCUACAGGAUCUGUAUUUUACUUUUUAAGCACACAUUCUAAUUUUUCCACAACUGGAUUUGAUGACUGGAAAAAUGUCUCAAAAUAUCUGGGACCUCGCAUAGGCAGCCUACUACAAGCAGCUAUGCAUCAUUACCAGCAUAAAUCUGGUGCUCAAAAAAGAAAAGAAAAGAUUGCUCGAGAAAAAUCAGCCAAGAAGGGUCAAAGUACGAUUGAGUCUUUUGGAUUUAUAAAUUGUAAUCGUAUUGAUGGUGUUUCUGACGAUCAGAUGUGCAAGAUGACGUCACAACUCUCAAAUGUUGAAGUAGAGCCAGUGCCAAUUGAGGAAGAUGAAUUGUUAAAUAGGAAAGUUAUGAGUGCUGAUGUGAAAGAGAAUGUAAUAGACGAAAAUGAAAAUAUUCUUCCAAAGACAUCAACUGCAAGGCUAGAAGAAUUACAAGACAAGGCAGAUGAUGUCCAACUAGUUCCAUCAAAUAACUAUGAUAUUGGUUUAAUUAAGGAAUUAUUUUGCACUGCUGAACAAAUAGAAAAAUUUGUUCAUCAUGGACCCAUUGCUCAUCCAACAAAAUUUCCAAAAAAUGCAUUGCUUAAAUCAUUUCCGCGCACGUUAUUUCACAUUGCCAUGCCAAAUGGCGAAAAAAUUCCACGAGAUUGGCUAACGUGGAGUGAGACGAAGAAUGCACUUUACUGUUUUCUCUGCCGACUUUUCUCUAAAAUGCCAGAAACCCAUCGAUCGGCAUUAUCUUUGCCAACAGGAUAUUCCAAGCCCAAGGACAAUAAAUGGAAGAAACUUUAUGAAAAAAUUCCUCAUCAUCAAUCCAGCAGUGGGCAUAAGAUGUGUUAUGUAGAAUGGAGACGAUUAGAAGAAAAUCUCAGAAAUAAUACAACUAUCAAUUUUCUACUAAAUGAUAAUAUAAAGACAGAAGUGGAAAGAUGGAGGCAAAUACUUCGUAGAGUAUUAGAUGUUAUCUUGUUUUUGGGUGAAAUAGGUCUUGCAUUUAGAGGCGAUAGUCAUCUAAUUGGUGACCCCAAAAAUGGGAAUUUUUUGAGAAUUAUGGAACUCAUUGGUCAUUACGAUUCCAUUCUACAUGAUCAUCUCGAAAAAGUAAAAGCUUCUCAACAGAGCCAUAAGCGAAUGCAAGCACAUUAUUUGUCAAAUGAUAUCCAGAAUGAGUUUAUUCAGUGCUGUGCAAAUAAAGUCACAGAUGUGAUAUUAGAUGAGAGGGAGAAAUGCAAAUAUUUUUCAAUGAUUGUGGAUGCAACGCCUGAUACAGCUCAUAUUGAGCAAAAUGUUUUUAUUUUAAGAUACGUCUUACAGGACAAAUUGACAGGAAAGUAUGAGAAACAUAAAAUACCACUGAUGUGCUGUCGUGGACAAGGAUACGACAAUGGGAGUAAUAUGAAAGGUUCAGUCAAGGUAGCACAAGCUCGAAUUCUUCAACAUUAUCCACUUGCUACUUACUCUCCCUGUGCUUGUCAUAGUCUGAAUUUAUGCGGUGCACAAGCUGCUGAAUGUUGUCCUCAAGUGAUAACUUUCUUUGGGAUAGUGCAAAAACUGUAUAACAUAUUUAGUAGCAGUCCUCAAAGAUGGGAAAUUUAA